AUGGGUAUUCCGCGGUUAACUCGCGUUAUAAGCCCAUUCUCCGAGCCGAUCCUACUCGAUGGCAGAAAUAUCACGCCACAAGGGGAAUUACGAUGUAUCCAAUCUGUCGUCAUUGAUGGCCCUAGUAUGGUUUAUCAUGUUUUUUCACGAUUAUUAGCCUGGAUGGACCCGAGCGUCCAGUCUCAGGAUGCUCAGCCCACUUGUGAUGAGCGAGAGACACGUGCGCUUCGGCUUGAGCACUCUAGAAAGAGACUUGAAACUUUCCAAUCUAAAUUCAAAACCUGGGCUCCAUCAUCGAGGAGAGCUCAUGGACGCCGUAUUGUCGAUUUUGCAAACGUGCUACGAAGCCGAACUGUAACUGCGAGGUACAAUGACUUUCCACACAAUCCUUUCAUUGUUCCAGCAGUUUUUGAAGACCUCAAGUCUCGCUGGGAUCGGGCCAGGAUUUCAGAAGUGGUUGAUGGCAUUUUCCAAAAGCCGCUGGCCCUUGAUUGCGCAGAUUUCCCUUGGGCAGACCGAACAGUAAUGGUCCCAGGGGAAGCUGACAGCCAAUGUGUUUACAUGGCGAAUAACACGGGCUCGUCCAUAUUGACGAAUGACUCUGAUCUAAUCCUAUAUGAUCUCCACUCAGCUGGAUCCGUGGUGUUUCUGGACUCUAUUAAUUUAUCUGACUGCAAUACAGGUACAUAUCCGGAUAUGCAAAUCAAAGCUAUGGGAAUAUGUCCAGCCGCUGUUUCCAGCCGCCUUGGUGUCAGCGAUCUUUUGUUUCUAGCUUACAAUUUGAGAGACAAUCCAAAUAUGGGGUUGACUGGGCUCAUUCAAUUAUCCAAAACCACGUAUGAGACUCAGUCAAACGACCCACGGUACCUCCUUUUCGCUGGUGAGUACAUUGGCACGAACUUGGUGUACUUUCCUGGAGAUUUAAUGCACGCUCUACCCCAAAAUCUCGACGCAAGGGUUUCAGAGCUAUUUUGCCAGUGCAAAAUACAACAUGCCGGCAUCUCAGAUGAAAUACCACACAUGUACUUGCCGAUCUUGUUCGAAGACCAUAUGAGAAGGUGCGGUUGGUGGGAUAGCCGUCUUUAUAGGCGCCUUGGAUACUCUAUCUUGAAUGCUACUCUCUCUCCAUCGGAUAAACAUGCUUACAUCUACGAGUAUGUGCGCCGGGGAGGAAGAAUAAUCCGGGACAGGAUAUCACUCGAGGACGAAGAUUGGAUUGCCGAAGAGACACAGGCUUUUUUGAGCCGAUAUCGAUCGGUACAGAGCACAGUUGGAGGAGACACGAGCUCCCCAUUCUUUUGGAGAGUAUUGGCGCUGUAUGAGUUAUAUGGCCCGGGAAGAGCAUCCGCCUUUCUUAGUGCUGAACAGUUGAGCCAGUUUCUGAGGUUCGGCCGCAUGGGUGUAGCAGUAGGGUGGGUUGAUGUCCAUCUCUCUGCACAGAUCCAGUCAGUUCUUUACUCCCUCAGAAUUCUCCAGCAAUUGAAUGGAAUUUUUGUGGCCUCAUCUGGUCAUUUGGACUGUUUGAAAUCCGUGCUUGGCGGUCUUCCACCCCUCCAUGUUAUCACGAGAUCUUUGCAGGAGAUAACAAAGGAAUGCCUGUCUGGAUUUGCCGUUGAACAGCUACUCGGUCAACUUUUUCCAUCCUCAGAAGACAAUGGUGUUACUGCAAUCCCACUGCCCCAGGAAGCAACGCACUGCCUUGGUGAGAAUGACACCUCGGCUGUGGCAGUGAACAGGCGGGCUGGGUCUAGUUUAAAUCGGAAAGUACCUGAGAAGAGACACCGCAACAUGUUUGAGCUUCUUUCGCAAGAUUAAAAUAACACCUCAAUUCUAUUUACUCUUUCAAAAUUUGGGAGGCUAUAGUCAUGCUGCAUUUAUGUAUGCC